AUGUGUGGUGUGAGAAACAGGUUCCUACUGCUCUGGGGCUCUGAGGGGUCUGUUGGUCCUGCUGGGGGUAGAGUCUCGGCUGGGGAGGUGGCUGAGCAGGCUGCUGUUGGACAACCAGGGCGGGUGCUGGUGCAGUGGAUACAGGGGUAUAAUAGGGAGGUGGAAAAUCAUUUUAAUCAUCAAGUCUAUUUUUUCUUCUUGCCUUUCAUGGUUUCUUCAAAGUCCUGUAACUUCUUUCUACAUUCUGCUAAUAAAGCUUCACCCAAUUUGCCUUUUAAGGGAAAAUCUACUACCUUGUGGCAGAGCGGUACCUGUUCCAGAAUGUCCUGCCCCACUUCUCCACCAUUACCUUCACCGGUCCGGUCAGCGGGUCGGGCAGACAAGGUUCUCCCCUGCUGCUCUUGGCUCCCAUUAUGAAACUCCAUCUAUACAUACACACACACACACACACUCAGAGACAAACAAAAACAAACACACAAAACAAACAGUAUUUGGUUAGGAACGUCUUCCUUUCUUAUAAUUCAAAGGGAGUUUUUCUUCUUCAUCAAAAUAUUUGUUAAUUGCUCUAUGUAAUUUUUAAUGUUGUACCCACAUGGUAGUUCCCCCUAUGCACAUUUCUGUGUAGGUUUUAAAUGUGUAGCUGGUUUCCCAAUCAUAACCAACUGUUUUACCAGUCCACUGAUUAAUUAAUUUUAUUUUACAAUAUUUUUCUAACCUGCAGGAAUAUUUUCUCAGGAUUAUGCCCUGGGAUCACAUAACCCGUAGAUUUGCACCUUACGAUACUAAACCAUGUCAUGUCAUCCCAUGGCCAAUCCUCUGCUCUAACAGAGAAACUCAACCCCUGUCUUUGACCAGGAUACUUCUGCUUCAACAAAAAUAUCCUAAUCAGAGAUGUCCCUCCUUCGAAAGAGACCCCUUCCCUGCUCCAACAGGGCAACUCCUCCCAGAAUUGUUCCUUUAAUUAAAGAUGCAGAGCAGAAUUAGGCCGAUAACCACUAUUUAUAAAAAUCCAGAAAAGAGCCAUCAAAUUCUACACCCACCUAAAAGGAAGCAAUUCCCAAACCUUCUAUUACAAAGCCAUGACCUAAAGAGAGAUGAACCUGGACAAAAGUCCCCUUAGCCCCAGGACAGCUGUGAUUCGCCGGUCUACUGAGACACUGGUCUGAGCGCACCGCCUCGGCAACACCGGAAUGGAAACCCAAUGCACCCUAAUCACCUCCAGUGCACCUGCACCUCAUCAUCUCAUCACCACCCCUAUUUAGCCCUGGACUGUUCUGGAUGAUGUUGUGUGUGAUUGUUUACCUUCGUGUCGUUUACUCUAACUUUGUUAUUUCUCUUGCUCAUUGUUAAGUGAACCUUGACCUUGUUAAUUCCUGCGUCUUCGUAUACUCAGUCUGCCUCACAACAGCAACACAAUUAGACCCAACCAAAUCAUGAGAAAACAAAAAGAGAAUUACUUGACAUAUUGACAAAAAACAGAGCAAACUAGAAUGCUAUUUGGCCCUAAAGAGAGAGUACACAGUGGCAGAAUAUCUGACCACUGUGACUGACCCAAAAUUAAGGAAAGCUUUGACUAUGUACUGACUCAGAGAGCAUAGCCUUGCUAUUGAGAGAGGCCGCCGUAGGCAGACCUGUCUCGAGAAAACAGGCUAUGUGCGCACUGCUCACAAAAUGAAGUGGAAACUGAGUUGCACUUCCUAACCUCCUGCCAAAUGUAUGACCAAAUUAGUGACACAUGUUUCCCUCAGAUUACACAGACCCACAAAGAAUUAGAAAAUAAAUCCAAUUUGGAUAAACUCCCAUAUUUAUUGGGUGGAAUACCACAGUGUGCAAUCACAGCAGCAAUAUUUGUGACCUGUUGCCACAAGAAAAGGGCAACCAGUGAAGAAUAAACACCAUUGUAAAUACAACCCAUAUAUGUUUCUUUAUUUUCCCUUUUGUACUUUAACUAUUUGCACAUCGUUACAACACUGUAUAUAGCCAUAAUAUGACAUUUGAAAUGUCUUUAUUAUUUUGGAACUUCUGAGUGUGUAACGUUUGCUGUUCAUUUUUAUAUUGUUUAUUUCACCUUUGUUUAUUAUCUAUUUCACUGGUUUGGCAAUGUAAAAUAUAUAUUUCCCAUACCAAUAAAGCCCUUAAAUUGAAUUGAAAGAGAGAAUGGCAUGAGAGAGGGAGGUGUGUGUGUCAGAGAGAGAGGAGUGACAAAGUGAUUUUUUCCCCACACCCUUUCAUCAACCCCCCUUAGUGAGAGAACAGCAGGUGCGAAGCAGUGAUGGUUCCUCGUCAUCCUCCCUCUCAUCACCAACUCCACGCUGAGGAGAAAAUCUGGGAAUUCCCACAUCUGGCAGUCUCUCUCCUCCUUCCCCUCGCCUGCUCUCUCUCUCACACACACAAAAAAUCCCUCUCUGUCUAAUACAAAAAAUGACGUGUCACUUUCAUAAGGUAUAAUGUCACACCCUCUCAGGCAAUGGGGCAUUCCUAUCACUAGUAUCUGUCACACCCAUCAGGACAGGACAGCAUUCUUUCAUGUACUGACACCUGACGUAAAAAUGGAUUGGUCAAACUGAGAAACACAUUAUAAUGGGCCAAUGUAAGUGGGUAUACUCUAGACCAGGGUUCUUCAAUUCCUGUGCUGGAGGGCCGAAACACCUCUGUUUUUCAUCCUCUCCUUCUAAUCAGGGGCUAAUUCAGACCUUGGACAUUACAUUUACAUUUCAGUCAUUUAGCAGACGCUCUUAUCCAGAGCGAUUUACAGGAGCAAUUAGGGUUAAGUGCCUUGCACUUUUCGACAGAUUUUUCACCUAGUCGGCUUGGGGAUUAGAACCAGCGACCUUUCGGAUACUGGCACAACACUCUUAACCACUAAGCUACCUGCCGCCCCUGGACACCAGGUGAGUGCAAUUAACUACCAGGUAGAAAUAAAAAACAGAAGUGUUUCGGCCAUCCAGGACCGGAAUUGAAGAACCCUGUUGUAGACUGACAGUGAACCUCAAACCGAAAGACACAAACAUGGACGAGAUUGCAAGUGAAAGUUUCAUGAUGGCUCGCUUUCCGUAAGUAUAUACAUUUAUCUUUCCUUUGAUUCGUUUUUACAGAAAACCCCAGAGAAAAUGACCAUAUUGGUCGAGACAUCUUAUCCGGGGGUUUUCAAAAAAUGACAAAUGGUUUUGUGUCAUAACCGGAUUAUAGCUCCCGUACAAACGUUGUAAUGAAUAUAUUUUCAUGUCAUAGUCACCAGUCAACUCCAUGACACUCAAAAGUUACUUCAACUUCAACCAGUGAAUGCUAGCAAUGGCUAGUUAUGCUAGAUAUGCUACCAGUCUGUCUUAAUGAGUGUUAGCAUGCUAAUAGCAUACCAUGUACACAAUGGGUAUGCAGUAGGUUGAUAACGAUGUGCAAAAUAUGUUGUAUGAGACUGUCGUGUAUUGGGAUUAUGUCUUUGUUAAAUGUUUUUCCUGAAGAAAUGGAAUGUUGUUUAUGUUAGGUCAAAUGUAGCCGUUUGGAGGGUGACGCCCCAGGGGAGACUGGUGAUUGGCCAGAAGAGGGAGCCACCCAUCUUUUUGCAUUGUUUAUAAAUAGGGGCUAGACAAAGAAAGGGCAGAGCAGCCAUUAGAAUUCGAGGACACUGCUCUCCAGACAUCGCGGGUCUGUAACUUAUGCUGUAACCUUGUGAUAUUAAUAAAAGCCUCUAAUCAUGGUGCAGCCUAAGCGGACUCUUUGUUGACAGCAAUAAUUGCCAGCAUUCACCCGAUACGACAAAUGGCGCCCAACGUGGGGCUGGUCUGCAUCUCUCCUUUGCUCAUUCGUAGCCGCCAAGCUAACUUCGGUCUGAUGUCAUGACCAGACAAGGGUGAGUGUUCCUCACAGCUAAGUUGUUGGUUUUGAUACUGCGUGUGUACACUGGAGGGGUGUACCAUACGACCGAAAUGUGCCUCAUGUGGCGUUAUUGCGGUCGACUAGAGUCUGUAAUAAUAUAUUCCAUUGGUAAACGGCAGGUAAUUGGAAUUUUAGAGCAUAAAACGGUAGGAAUUAAGUAUUGAAGGUGUACAAUUAAGCAGAUAUGCGCAUUCAUUAGGGCACUGUACCGCUUAAGACCCCGGGGGGGCCAUUUAGAAAAUGAUGGACCGACAAAUCCGCUUGCACGAUAGAAUGUGCAGUCGGUGGGUUUUAAAGAAAACUCGGUUUGAUGGGGUUUAUCUGAUUGUGAUUAUGGCUCGACUUUCGUCCGACGGGGGGUUUGAUUGGGUCUAAUUUCUCGGUGAAAUGGUCAUUAAUCCACGGUAGCACAAAACGGUAGGAAAAUAUGUCAAAAUAAAAAGGGCAGUGCAGGAUGUAUGUUGCGUGGUGCAAGCCACAGGUUGGCUAAAUGCUAAUGCUAAAUGCUGGGUUGUGUUUCAGGCUACAUUGUACGCAAAGGCUAAGGCUAAAUGCUAAAUGCUAAAAUGCUAAUUGUGUUGCGUGCUACAUGCUAACGGAUAUCCUUAGAGGGCCAUUGCGAUGGGAUAAGCCUCUUAAACUUGUCUGUGUGUGUGUGUAAUUCAGGUUAUAUGUUUUGUGAGCGCUGUUAAAUGUUGUUUGACUAUGAGGGGAAAACGGAGGUACAGUAGGACUGUUAACUGUUUAGGUUUGGGGAGAGAGUAGAAAAUCGCCCGUCCACGGUGAAAUUGUAUUUCUGAAUGUAAUGCGCAUGCGUGUGACGGUACUAAAUUACAACACGUUUUUGCUAAUGGGUCAUAUUUCUGUUGGGGGCUGCAGGAAGACACACCUGCAUUACUAGCUGUUUGGGGUUUUAGGCUGGGUUUCUGUACAGCACUUCGAGAUAUUAGCUGAUGUAAGAAGGGCUAUAUAAAAUAAAAUUGAUUGAUUGAUUGAAACACACAGACAAAGAGAUAUUUGGACACGAGUAUUCUAGUUGUAAAGCGGCGGUUGGUUAAAGAUGAAACUUGUUUUGUGACCUAUUGAAUUGAUAAAUGAGAGAGAUAUGUUGACGGAUUAUAAUAAAUUGAAUUAGAAGACGAUUAAAAUUAAAUUAAAUGUUUUUGAGCGAUCAAUAAUUAUUCCUGAGUUAAUUCUUAGAGCAAAUGUAGAACGAACGAAUAUUGAAUGGUUGGAAAUACUCAGUAAUUGCAUUAACUACUAAAAUGUUAUUCUGUGUCUUUGUUCUUCUGUCAUAUGAGAGGAACGAUAAGCGAGAGGAGAGAGAGAGGAGAUACAGGAAGUGCUGACGUGACAUCAUGUGACGCGACAGAGGAUCAGAUAUCAGGCUAGUUCACAAAAUCUUCCCCUAACAGGAUAUGUGAUGUUAUGACAAUUUCACAUAGGCUUGGCAAAUACUGAUUUGAAUAAAAUUUGCAUUUUGGAGUCUCUGUGCAUCACUGGGCUGGAUUACAGUUCGGUUGGAAAUCAGGUACUGACAGUAUUCUGGAAUUAAGAUACUUGGGUGCAUAUUAAACAAUGGAGUUUAUGGGAAUUGUAGUGUUGUAAGGUUAGAAGGCUUUGUUUUUGGGAUUGCUUUGAAGUUGACUAACUUACAUUUACUUUCCUGAUGGAUUGUGGUAAAAAAAAUGUUUUAUUUUUAUUUUUUUGGAGUUGUUUAGUUAUAUUAAUAAUUAAAGGGGGGAAGCCAUAGGCUAUAUAGUCUAAAAUAAGAUAAUUCAUAAUAAAGGAAUAUAAAAGAGUAGUUACAAUGGGGAGAAAGGACAGCAAGGCUAUGAAAGUGAUUACACCGGUUGAUAUAGUGCAAAAUGGUAAUCCUUUAACUAAAGUAUUGCGAGGUUAUCCGGCAAGUGAAACAAAAGUUGCCCUUCAUUCUCAAACAAAAACUGAUAAAAGAUUCCAGCGAUAAGAUAAACAAAGCUAUAGAGAUAAGGCUAAGGGAAGUAGAGCUUAGAGAUGUUUAUCCUCAGCUUCCAGUGAUCAUCCAGGAGGGUGAUUAUUGCAUCAGAGAUGGAGAUGAACGAAUAAUAGAUAGAGGACAAGCAGAAACGACGAUAAAGAUGAAUCCAAAACUCCAGAAGGAAGAAAAUGAGAUGUCUGGAAGAGAAGAGUGAGGUUAAAGAAGACGAGGAUGAUGAAGAUGAGAGUGAUUGAGAAGAGGUCAUGGGUGGAUAUGACUCUGUGAUCAGAAGGAAGUUGGCAAGAGAGGAAAGAAGAAGGAUACUAGAGAUUUGAUCUCUGAUGGAAGUUGAAGGAAGAAGGAUACAAGAGAUUCGAGUUCAGAUGAAGACAGCGAUAAAGAGGAGACUAGAGGUGCUGUGUAUUCAAAAUGAGUUUAUCCUACAAGGACUGGCACAGAAGAAAAGGAAGAAGAUGAUGGAAGAUGAUAUUUCGAGGACAGAACUUAGAAUAUAAGCUUUUGAAGAAUCCUGAUAUGUCAACAGCAAGAAAGAACAGGAUCAAGAAACUCUCAGAAAACUCAAUCAUACAAAUGGUGGAGAAGAGAAGCUUUGGUUAGGAAGAAUCAGAGUGAACCAAAUCAACAAUCACUGCUACAGCUUCAACUGAACAAUAUCAAAUGCAAUUGUACCAGCCAAGGGGGGUACCAGGUGUUUCAUAUCCACAGACAGUUUCUGGACAGACACAGAAUUGGAGAGGAAGAGGACGAGAAGGCUUAGAAGAGGAGGAAGAUUUCAGCUACACUUCCAGCAACUUUCAGAAGACUGUUAUAAUUAUGGACAGGUUGGUCACUUUACCUGUGAGUGCAACAAGUCAGGAGGAAACAACAGAGAACAUUUUUAAGGAAGAUGAAGGAGCAAGUCAAGAUCACCUGUUCUCCAGGUGAACCCUAAGGAUUCUAGAGUGCCUAGAAGAUACGAAGGGGGGUGUCAGCUGAUAGCAUCGAUUAGAGAAGAAGAGAAAAUAUCCAACAAUUGAAGUAAAAACAGGACUAUGAGAAGUGAUAGUGAAUAGUGGAAAAACUUAUCUGUGUUCAGCCUAAAGAGGUUAAACAUCUCACUAUGUAAAAUCAACUAAGGAUAGGGAUUUGAGGUAGUAAAACAGCUACUCUUAAGGAACCAAUUGAGCUCUGCUAUAGAACUCAAAGAGAAAUCAAAAUAGACAUACUAAUAUUAGUACCUAUUGCAUUGUUGGGAAGAGAUGCAUUGUUUAAAUUGAAUUGUACAAUAAGAUGUACACUAACGGCUGUCUGGUAGAAGAUUUUAAAAAAGUAGGGUUUUUGGGAAUCAUAUUGGCUUAAAAAGAUAAUAUCAUAGGAAGGAUGAUAAUCUAUUAGACUGCCUAUUAGACAAUCUGUCUGAAAAAUAAAGUUAAAAGGGGUGACUGUUAUUCUGGGUUACAUUCUUACACCAAGGGAUUUCAGGCUAGGCUAAAAGGUGUUUAGUCGUUUGCCAAGUCUGUGUGUAAAGAAGUCAGAAGCAGGUGGGGACUUUCCCAAUCACAUAUCCUAAAAAUUGGUGGUAAAGGGAUUUUGUGAAUAAAUCAGUGGGAAAAGGUUUUUAAAGGUUAGGAGAAAAGAUUAGAUUAAAAAGUUAGGAGAACUAGGGUUGAAGGAAUUCUAAGACAGUAAGCUAAGUUUCAAAGUUAGUAGUAAGAGAGAGAACAGUGGUGAAGGACAUUUUAGAGUUUAGUGGGAAGAUAUGGUAGGAGUUUAGAUCUGUUAGGAGCAGAUGCAUUGAGAAAGUAUGUGUUGCUGAAAAAUAAGAGAAGAUUGAGGGUGAUUGAGUAUCUAUAUUUACAGUUCCAGCAGGGAGAUCAAGGUAAUUAUAGGUGUAUUUUUAUAAUCAAAAGUUUGAGAGGUAGGACUGAGAGUUGGGAAAAAGUGACACUAGUGGUGAUAGAUGGAAGUACAAGCAAAGACUUCAAAUCUUUGGGGAAAAUUGAUGAAGUAACUAAGGACAUUAACACUUCAGUCUAUUAAAACAACAGUGGGAAGCAAUUUAACUCUUUCAACAUUGAUAGUUAUUAAAGCCAUAAAUAUAUCGCAUUUGAUUAUAAGGGAGCCAAUGGCUCCAGCACCAAUUUUAGAGGAAAAAGACGUAUUAGGGUUAGGAUGGGGACGUUCCUCCCACAUGGAGAGAUAAUUAUGGAGAAGAAGUAUUGUUAUCAGGACCAGAAGUAGAAGCAAGCUGUUGCAUCUAAUCAAAGGAGGUAUAGUUUGUACAACAAUAUGAAGUGGAAGAGGGUUAUGAGUGAUUGUUCAUUCAUUUUGCAUAAUGUUACAGAGAAAGAUCAGGGAGAAUAUACUUAUCUAGUGCAAGCAUUAAAAUUUGUUCCGGUUAAGAAUGAUUGGUUAAAGGGCUAUGUAAUUCGUAAAGUGACGCUUAUAAUGGAAGAUUUGAAGUCUGUUGAAGCUUCCACAGUCACCGAGGGAGUUCAGGAGAAGUAGAUAGAUUACAGUAGUCACUCCAACAGUAAAUAAUGCACAUAGGAUAUCGGUAGCUUUCCUACUAUAAAUAAUUAAGGUUGAUACAUCAACUAGAUCAACUACUUUAAUGGUAACUUUGGAAGAGAUUAAUGAUACGAUGGCAAUAGCAAAUGUAGGAAGUAUGACACCGACAACAACUUUUCUGAAAUUAAAGGGGGUAGCAAGAAGGACUCAGGGGUUUAUGUUACGGAUGGAGAGUGCUGUCAAUGAUAGUACGAAUAGGGUUAAAAUAGGAGAACAGAUAGUAGUAGAGAGAAUAUAGAUUCAUCAUGGAGGUACAGGAUGAGGUCUUUGAUUUUGAUGACAGACAAGGAGAGGUAUCUGCAGUACCGCUCGUUAGGGAAGAGAGAAACUAAAUGCAUGUAGUUUGAUUCUUCUGUUGUGGAAAUUAGAGAUAGAUGGCCAGGUAGGAAUCUUUGGUUCCAGCGGUUAACUCAUUCUGUAAGAUCAGGGAGGAAUCUUGAGGGUCCAUGUCUGUUGAGAAUUCCAGACAAACAUGUUAGAGACGGUCGCUCGACCUCUAUCAAGUAUGUGUCAAUCUUAUGCUUUGUCAUGACUGUGGUAUCAGCAACAAUCAGUAACCGAUAAAAUAAUGUCGUUGUCAAAACAUUUGUUUAAGCCUAGGGUUAGGUGGUAUUGGGUUAAGUGAAUUAACUUGUGUGCAUUUGUUAGAUGGGAAGGAAACUCAGGUAACAGCAAACCCUGGAGCAUUUGAGGUGAAACCAUUGAGGGCUAAAAGUUGUUUGGUUCUAAUAAAACAUAUGAUGUAAGGGGUAUGUUUAUGGGAAUAUCAGAUUGUGAUGAUUAUAUGAUGACUUUGGAUAAGCAUGAACAUAAGGUUAGAGAUGACAAAUAAUAUGUUACUUUUUAUGUACCAGUUAGUAAGAAGAGCAGGACUUUGAUGGUUAAAAUAUUAGCUUUUGCCUGACAAUGUGACUAUGGGGAAUUUUAGAGCUAUUUUGAGGGUUUGUGGUGAUAAAGCAUAUAUAUUCUUACCCUAUGGAUGGACAGGAUGUUGUUACAUGUCAACGUUGAAGCUUCCAUAUGAGGUUUCUACCAUUAAAAGAGGGGUACCACCGGACACAGAUAAAUCUAGGGUUGGAAAUAGGAUGAAAAGAGACAUGGAGACAUGUCAUAGUCUUCAAGCCUAUCAUUGAAGGAUAAAUCUAAGGGAGAAGGGGGGACUUUUUCCAUGGUAUGGUGUAACAUUUGGGAAGAUCAUAUUGAUAAUAUUAGUUAUACUUUGAGUCCAGAUAGUUCAGAUAUUAUCACUAGGGUUAUAUAUGCAUUGAAGAAUAUAAGGGAUGCAUUUGGUAGAUCUGAAGGAGCGGAAGUCAGCGAAGACUUGGUCGCAAGAUCAGGUAGGCCCAGUAGGGGCAGUGAUGGUUCAGAUUUUAAUGGCAACUUUGAUAGCACUGUGUGUGAUGUUUGUAAUUUGUUACUGACCUUUGAGAAAGCUAUGAUAUUGAGAUAGGUUGGAGAGUGAUGCCUGGAGACAACACUCAGAUGCCGGUGUUGACUGUUCCUGAUCUGGAUGAAGAUGGACAAGUGGAACUGAAUGGAUAAAUAUCAUUUUUGAUGAUUUGAUCAUUUUUCAAAUUAUUAUUUUUUUGUUCAAUAUUAGGGUGAUUUUGGUAUGAUUUUAUGAAUCAAAGGGGGGAAGUGUAUGAAUGAAUAAUUAUCCUAGUUCAUUAUUCUAUUAUUUAAUGUGAUUCAUACAUCAUUUAUAUAUCAUUUCUAUAUUCUUAGUUGAUAUUGAUGUUCAAUUUGAAAGUGUUGUUUUGCAAAAUAUACUGUUUGGUCUUUUCUUUUCUUUCAGAAGCAUUUGGGGUAACAUGUGGAGAUUGAAAUACUCAAACAAGGACAAUAUGAAGGGACAAUGACUGGAGGAGAUGAAACAAAGAAGGUGUGGAGAGAUUCCGAUUCCAUCAUCAACAAUGCAUUGGAAGAGGAGACUACGGGGAGAUGAAGUGUAGUGGACUACAUUCCAGUGUCUGCAAUGAAAUAUAGACAUAUUUGCAUGUGUAAUACAUAAUUGUGUCAUAUUCUUAGGUAUUAAUUUUUGUAGAAUGAUGUUUGAUGUUAUUGAAUACAUGUGAGGAUCUUAGAUGUUUUUGUUUAUUUCGUGAAUGCUUAGGGACAGGGAGUCUAGGCAGGGAGAGGUCCACUGUAGGGUCCAAUGGGUUGACCAGCCUUAGAGUGGAUAUUUUUUGGAUAGGAUUUUGUUUGCAGGGGCUUACAUGUGUAUUUAAUUGCAUCAUAGUUUCAAAUGCAUUUACAUUGUUUAUGAGUUUAUCUGGAGUACCGAGGUGGUUGCCUGGGGCAGAGGGACCGUGAGAGAAUUUUACUGUCUUGAUUGAUGGAUGGAUUUGGAACGAAGGUUGCCAGACAGUUUUUCGCUCUUACACUCCAUAAAGAUUUGUUCAUACUUCAUAGUAAUGUAUUCACACUUCAUAAACAGUUAUUCAUAUUUCAUAGAAAGGUAUUUACACUCUAGAGAAGAAUGUUUUUGGUUUAAUGUUAAAGAUACUCAAUAAGAUAAAUUGUUACUAGUCAUAAUCCUAUUCUGUUUGUUUUCGAGACUGUUUAGUCUCGAAGGGGGGAAAUGUCGUGUAUUGGGAUGAUGUCUUUGUUAAAUGUUUUUCCUGAAGAAAUGGAAUGUUGUUUAUGUUAGGUCAAAUGUAGCCGUUUGGAGGGUGACGCCCCAGGGGAGACUGGUGAUUGGCCAGAAGAGGGAGCCACCCAUCUUUUUGCAUUGUUUAUAAAUAGGGGCUGGACAAAGAAAGGGCAGAGCAGCCAUUAGAAUUCGAGGACACUGCUCUCCAGACAUCGCGGGUCUGUAACUUAUGCUGUAACCUUGUGAUAUUAAUAAAAGCCUCUAAUCAUGGUGCAGCCUAAGCGGACUCUUUGUUGACAGCAAUAAUUGCCAGCAUUCACCCGAUACGACAAGACAUUUCAAAGAACAUUCCCAACUAAUGAGAAAACAGUAAUGAUAUUUUGUUUAAGAGAAUGAAUGUGAUUGAACAGGUCAACAUUUUUACUUCUGCGCUACAGUGACCAUAGAAGGAACCCUCAUGCUGGAUGUCCUGCAGCAUCUGAAAUCAUAAAGAUUGUGGUUAUGACCAAUCCUAAAAUGACAAAGAUAGAUGUUCUGAAUACGUCAUGUGUGUUCCUUGUAUUUCUGAAAAAUGUUUUACUAGAUCAAAUGUGUGUAUGGCGGCACCUGCUGUAGUUUGAGUACUGACUCCACUGGUGUUAUCUUGAAAGUGGAAAAGAUCUCUGAGUGACGCAGCAGUUUGGGGCACUGCCGCCAUCUUAGUGUCAUGAGUGUCAGUGUAAUGCGGUGGAUAGAAGUCAGGCGCAGGACACAGAACUCUAAGAAACGUACUUUACUAAAAUAAGUAAAGAACACAACACAGAAUACCUCCACACAGGGAGGAACUAACCCGCUCACCAAUGACACACGUAACAACAAACAAUAACACACAAAAUACCAAAUGAGAGACAGGGGUAAAUAUAGGGAAUACAAUCAAAUAUAACGGGGAACAGGUGUAAACAAUAAGGCUAAACUAGACAAACACCGAAACAUCGAUCGGCAGCAGCUAGUACUCCGGGGACGACGAACGCCGAAGCCUGCCCGAGCAAGGAGGAGGAGCAGCCUCGGCUGAAUCCGUGACACUUAGUAGCACUUAAAUUACAGCACAGCAUAAAGUGGUGAUAACAUGGUAACACAUGGUUACUCACCAUCAAAAUAAUGUAUUUAUUGUAAGUAACAAUAAAUUGUUACUAUACUAUUACCAUGUUAUUACUGUAAUGUAAAGUGCUACCAAGAUCGCUGUAGAGCCACACAUGUAAAGUGCUACAACCAUCUUUAUAAGCCACAGAUUAUGCAUUUUAAACUAUUGCCACAUAGUUCUUUGUUAUGACAGUAUAAAUUAAGGACUUAUUACAUAUACAACUUUUCUUUAUAGAGGAAAAAAACAGAAACCUACUUAGCCAGGAGGGGGGCACUGUGUGUUUGUAAGUGAGUUACAUUUGUAAUAAUGAUACAUUUGUUUCUAUUUCUCCUUCAUGCUUCUCUACAGUAAAAAGAGGCUCCUGUCUGAAGUGCAUGAUGUGAACUCUCCCACCACAGACGGUUCUUCUGAUAGUUGCCAUCCUGAGGAGGACGUGGCUGCUAUAUCAACCAGAUCCCGCAGUGAGGGGAAGGAGAUCCACCAACGGUAUGCCCAAUUUGCGCCCUCCCACAUUGGGAACAGACAAUAGUGGCAGUCUUGUCAGAUUUGAAUUCAGUUGAUGAAUUAUCUAAGCAGGAAGUCACCACACUGUGUGUGUUGAUGUCAUGUUGAUAAAUCUACCUGGUUGCAACUCAACUCUAAGUUUACCUUGAGUUCAAUUGCAAUGAAUUUUAAAACCAAUGAACACCAUAGAGGUGUUUUUUUAACCUGUUCUUGAGUACAGAAAGUUUUACGAAAAUAAACUCUGUUAUAAAAACUAAAUAUUUACAAGUUGUAUUUGAACACAUCUAAAAGCAUUUAAAACUCACUAAAAUUGUUUUCAACAACUAAUAGUUUGUGACAUUGAUGGUGAAUAACAUCAUUCUAUUUGUCCGUGUUUCUCUACAGUAAGAAGAGGCACCUACCGCUGUCUAAUGAGGAAGGGGAUCAUGGGUACUGUGAGGAUGAUGUGAACCUUCCCACCGACACAGACAGUUCUUGUAACGGAGGGCCUCCUGAGGAGGACGUGGUUGCUACAUCAACCAGAUCCCAGAGUGAGGGGAAUGAGAUCCACCAACGGUAUGUCCAACAUUUUCACAAUAUGCUUAUGGGCAUCAGGAGACAGAAAGCAAUAUAUUUUGAAGUCUUGAAUACUGACAUGCACAAUUUGACACUGUACCAACAGUGGACUAAUGUUAAACAUGGUAGUCCUACUGUUUUACACUUCAUGUGUAAGUCCAGAGUUCAUAGUUAUUUUCUGAAUCUUUGCUAGAAGAUGUUACUACAGUGGGGAAAAAAAGUAUUUAGUCAGCCACCAAUUGUGCAAGUUCUCCCACUUAAAAAGAUGAGAGAGGCCUGUAAUUUUCAUCAUAGGUACACGUCAACUAUGACAGACAAAAUGAGAAAAAAAAUCCAGAAAUUCACAUUGUAGGAUUUUUAAUGAAUUUAUUUGCAAAUUAUGGUGAAAAAUAAGUAUUUGGUCAAUAACAAAAGUUUCUCAAUACUUUGUUAUAUACCCUUUGUUGGCAAUGACACAGGUCAAACGUUUUCUGUAAGUCUUCACAAGGUUUUCACACACUGUUGCUGGUAUUUUGGCCCAUUCCUCCAUGCAGAUCUCCUCUAGAGCAAUGAUGUUUUGGGGCUGUCGCUGGGCAACACGGACUUUCAACUCCCUCCAAAGAUUUUCUAUGGGGUUGAGAUCUGGAGACUGGCUAGGCCACUCCAGGACCUUGAAAUGCUUCUUACGAAGCCACUCCUUCGUUGCCCGGGCGGUGUGUUUGGGAUCAUUGUCAUGCUAAAAGACCCAGCCACGUUUCAUCUUCAAUGCCCUUGCUGAUGGAAGGAAGUUUUCACUCAAAAUUUCACGAUACAUGACCCCAUUCCUUCUUUCCUUUACACGGAUCAGUCGUCCUGGUCCCUUUGCAGAAAAACAGCCCCAAAGCAUGAUGUUUCCACCCCCAUGCUUCACAGUAGGUAUGGUGUUCUUUGGAUGCAACUCAGCAUUCUUUGUCCUCCAAACACGACGAGUUGAGUUUUUACCAAAAAGUUCUAUUUUGGUUUCAUCUGACCAUAUGACAUUCUCCCAAUCCUCUUCUGGAUCAUCCAAAUGCACUCUAGCAAACUUCAGACGGGCCUGGACAUGUACUGGCUUAAGCAGGGGGACACGUCUGGCACUGCAGGAUUUGAGUCCCUGGCGGCGUAGUGUGUUACUGAUGGUAGGCUUUGUUACUUUGGUCCCAGCUCUCUGCAGGUCAUUCACUAGGUCCCCCCGUGUGGUUCUGGGAUUUUUGCUCACCGUUCUUGUGAUCAUUUUGACCCCACGAGGUGAGAUCUUGCGUGGAGCCCCAGAUCGAGUGAGAUUAUCAGUGGUCUUGUAUGUCUUCCAUUUCCUAAUAAUUGCUCCCACAGUUGAUUUCUUCAAACCAAGCUGCUUACCUAUUGCAGAUUCAGUCUUCCCAGCCUGGUGCAGGUCUACAAUGUUGUUUCUGGUGUCCUUUGACAGCUCUUUGGUCUUGGCCAUAGUGGAGUUUGGAGUGUGACUGUUUGAAGUUGUGGACAGGUGUCUUUUAUACUGAUAACAAGUUCAAACAGGUGCCAUUAAUACAGGUAACGAGUGGAGGACAGAGGAGCCUCUUAAAGAAGAAGUUACAGGUCUGUGAGAGCCAGAAAUCUUGCUUGUUUGUAGGUGACCAAAUACUUAUUUUCCACCAUAAUUUGCAAAUAAAUUCAUAAAAAAUCCUACAAUGUGAUUUUCUGGAAAAAAAAAUCUAAUUUUGUCUGUCAUAGUUGACGUGUACCUAUGAUGACAAUUACAGGCCUCUCUCAUCUUUUUAAGUGGGAGAACUUGCACAAUUGGUGGCUGACUAAAUACUUUUUUUCCCCACUGUAUCUUUAGCUCUCUUUCACCCCUCACUAACAGGCUACAAAUUGCUCAUCUAAUUUAGCUAUUUUGAUUCCCCUUACAGAGAGAGCCCCAGUCCUACUAUCAUCAACGCUCCAGACCAGCCAACGGACCCCCAAAAUCAAGUUGAUUUUGAUUUACGUUAUACAUUUGACAUUUUACAAAAAAAAGUUUGCAUUCAAAAAAUGAAUAAGAAAUAUACAUGGCCAUUCUUAAAUCCAACUGGUGUUCUGUAUGUUGCAAUUUUGGAACUUGAGAAUAUGAAAAACAAACCUCUAAUAGUUAUUAGUUAUACCAAAGACUUUCUUUUUGAGAAAUAUAAUAAAAAAAAACAAAAAAAAAACAUAUCCAUCUAUUUGCUCAACUCUCCUUCUCAAUAUACAGGUCAUAAAAUAAAGUAUGCGGUAGAACUAGACACGUAUCAAAUAACUAUCGUUCCAGACUGGCCAAUGGAAAACCAAAACAUCCCAAGUCCUUUUGAAAACAUUAGAGAAUGUAUUGAUAAGUUCUACUCAUCAGUAAAUGCAGAUUGCAAGCAAAAGUUUGAUACGCAACAUGCAUGGGCAUUUAUAAAGUCACCUUGUGGUGGAGAACCUGUAUUUGUUGGAUUAUUUAAAUUAGAAGAUGGGAGGAAGAAGAAUGAUAAGGGCACAUGUUUUAUUAUUCAUACUGAAGAGUUACUUCUUGAGGAAGUCAAAAAAAUAUUGAAAAAAUAUGAGAAAUUGCGAAAUAAUAAUUUGUUUAUCUAUACGUACAACUCUCCAUGUUUGCUAAAUAUAGGUCAUGAGUCAUGCAUGAAUUUACUGUUUAAGGUUUCAGCAGAACUGAACAGAUCUUAUGGUAUAACAACUAUUGUUGGAUACAGCAAAUGGUACGGUUUGACUGGAGAUUUGAAAACCUUUAAGAAUACACAUAGUCCCUCAUUCAGUCACUUUAAUUAUAUAAUCAGUAGUUGUAAUUAUGCAGACUAUUGUGAUACAUUUGUCAUUUUGAAUGAGAAUUCUAAAGAUGUAAAACUUCCCAAUUAA